AUGUCCUACCUUUACUUCCAGGACACGGGGAAGCUGCGUAUCGGGACCUACACCGGACCCCUCCAGCACUGCGCUGUCUAUUCUGGAGGCUCCUCGGACAUGGUGUGCGACCUCCUGGGGGUGAAGGGCAAGGACAUCCUCUACAUCGGGGACCACAUCUUCGGGGACAUCCUCAAGUCCAAGAAGAGGCAGGGCUGGCGCACCUUCCUGGUGGUGCCCAAGCUGGCCCGAGAGCUGCACGUGUGGACAGAGAAGAGCGAGAUCUUCGAGGAGCUGCGGAGCCUGGACGUGCUGCUGGCGGAGCUGUACCAGCCCUUGGACAGCGGCAGCAGCGAGCGUCCGGACAAUAGCUCCAUCAAGCGCAAGAUCCAGAACGUCACCCACAAGAUGGACAUGUGCUACGGGAAGAUGGGCAGCCUCUUCCGCUGUGGUUCCCGCCAGACGUUCUUUGCCAACCAGCUGAUGCGCUAUGCAGACCUCUACGCCGCCUCCUUCCUCAACUUCCUCUACUACCCCUUCAGCUACCUGUUCCGUGCACCGCCCGUGCUGAUGCCGCAUGAAUCAACUGUAGAGCACAUGCACCUGGAGCUCAGGGAGUCGGGCUUGUUAAUGGGGCAUCGGCUGCACCAGCUCAGCUUCCACGGCCACCAGGUGGGGGGCAUCAGCCUCUGUACUGGGCUCCUGCUGCCCCCACUGCCCACCUUGUCUGCCCAGCCGCCGUGCAUCCAGCCCACGGGCUACUCCUUGACCGUGUCCUAG